UGGGGAGAAGAUCGCCCUUCCCUAAAAUUAAUCGGGCGAAGUUGGAAACUUACGUUACGUUAUCAAAAAAAGGAAGGGGUGGGGAUCAGAAUGAGAAGAGAAUAGCCCCGGAUGGGAUAUGCAGUAGUUACCCAUCUCCAUCUCAGUCUCCAUCUCCCGCUGUAAGAAUAUUAUCGUUAACCUCUCUCUCUCAUUGGACAAAUGAGAGAGAGAGAGAAGAAAGCACGAACAGCGAAGGAAGAUACCCGUUUCAAUUCUCUAACUCGUGUCUUGUCUUUAGUCUUUACUGUGGACGGGUCUAUUUUUUCUUUCUGUGAUGGUUGGUCUUUCACUUGCUGCUGCUAUUUGAGGACAAAGUAAGUGUGUGCGUGCGUGUCUGAGUGAAACACGGGGACUCGGAGCCAAUGGGCUGUUGCCAGUCCUCCUGCUCCUCGUCGCUUGAAGAGGCGGAGCCAGAAAAGGGCCCCUCAAACCACCACCAGCUGACCCCAACCCCGCCGUUCAGCCACCCUCCUCUGCCCGCCUCCGAUUCCGCCGGCGCCCCCUCCUUCUCCGAGUUCUCUUUCUCCGACCUGAAGGCCGCCACCAACAACUUCAGCCUCGACUCCAUCGUCUCCCAGAGCAGCGAACGAGCCCCCAAUAUUGUCUACAAGGGCCGCCUUCAGAACCGUCGCUGGAUCGCCGUCAAGAAAUUCACCAAAUUGGCUUGGCCUGAUCCCAAGCAAUUUGCGGAAGAGGCUUGGGGAGUUGGGAAGCUGCGGCAUCGAAGACUUGCAAAUUUGAUUGGGUAUUGCUGCGAUGGUGAUAAGAGAUUGCUGGUUGCUGAGUAUAUGCCGAAUGACACUCUCGCCAAGCAUCUAUUUCACUGGGAACAUCAGACCAUAGAGUGGGCCAUGCGUUUGAGAGUAGCACUUUAUAUAGCUGAAGCCUUAGAUUAUUGCAACUCUGAAGGUCGUCCAUUGUACCACGACCUGAAUGCUUAUAGAGUUCUCUUUGAUGAGGAUGGUGAUGCACGUCUUUCAUGUUUUGGUUUGAUGAAGAAUAGUAGAGAUGGAAGUAGUUAUAGCACAAAUCUUGCAUACACACCUCCAGAGUAUCUACAAAAUGGUAGGGUCACCCCCGAAAGUGUUAUGUAUAGCUUUGGCACUGUCCUCCUGGAUCUACUAAGUGGAAAGCACAUCCCUCCAAGUCAUGCUCUAGAUAUGAUACGUGGUAAUAACAUUAUUCUCUUAAUGGAUUCACAUUUGGAGGGGAAGUUUUCUACAGAAGAAGCAACAGCUGUAGUUGGUCUUGCAUCGCAAUGUUUGCAACAUGAACCUCUAGAGCGGCCCCAUACAAAGGACCUAGUUGCAACACUAACUCCCCUGCAAACAAAAUCUGAUGUUCCAUGUCAUGUCUUGCUUGGGAUUCCGAAGCAUGUUGAAGCCCCACCUACUCGACAGCGCCCUCUUUCCCCAAUGGGUGAGGCCUGCUCACGGAUGGACCUCACAGCAAUCCAUCAAAUCUUGAUCAUGACACACUACAGGGAUGAUGAAGGAACAAAUGAGUUAUCUUUCCAAGAGUGGACCCAACAAAUGAGAGAUAUGCUGGAGGCAAGGAAGCGUGGGGACUUUGCAUUUCGUGACAAGGAUUUUAAGACUGCCAUUGAUUGUUAUUCUCAGUUUAUAGAUGUUGGAACGAUGGUCUCGCCAACAGUUUAUGCACGAAGAAGUCUUUGUUAUCUCCUAUGUGAUCAACCGGGUGCUGCCCUUCGAGAUGCAAUGCAAGCACAGUGUGUGUAUCCAGACUGGCCCACGGCCUUCUACAUGCAGUCGGUUGCACUUGCAAAGCUGGACAUGCACCAGGAUGCUGUUGAUAUGUUAACCGAAGCUGCUGAGCUUGAAGAGAAGAGGCAAAAGAGUGGGCGAGGAUCAUGAAAUCAAUGGAAUCACAAAUAAAUAAGCUACCUAUUUGUGUUUUGUUCUUUAACCUUCUUACCCGACAAGUCUGUUUUGUAGCACGAGUAGCUAGGGAGUGGCAUUUGGUCUCUCAAUAGCAAAUGUAUUAUACAGAAACAGAACACCUGUUCUUCGCAAUAAUAACACAAGCUUGUUCACUUGAUUGCAA